ACCAUCAUGGCGGCCCCCGCAGCUGUUGAGUUCACAUUGCUCAAGCGAGGGGAAAUUUUAGGACCACGGCUCGGCAUUUACGUGAAAAGAAGCAAGAGCAACCUAGAUAACAAUGCAGUCGAAAUCGCAACUCCUGGACUCAUCGCCAUGACCAGCCGCGGUGUCGUUCCCCAUCUUUCGAGGGAUCAUGCGCGCGGGUCGGAGGCAGUUCGAUGGGUUCACGUACCCUUUGAGAGCUUCUUAGAGCAUGUACCUCCAGUCCCAACGCUGCAGAAAGGCGCCGAUCCCCUUCAUGCCUUUCUCGGCUUCCCCUCCGAAAGGCAUAUCGUCUCUAUGGCCCUCAGGGACCCCCACGACGCGCGCGAAAUGCCGCCAAACACGGCCGAAUACGUGACCGCCCGCUGUGUCCGCGGUGUGCGCAGGGUGACUCCAGCGCAGUGGAAAGGAUAUGUAACCACCUGUUCACCGGACAUCGUACUCGCGCUGCCGGAUAUCCCCUUCACAGCCCCGCCGCACUCGCAGAAGCGCCAGGAGAAGAGCAUCGCGAGAACUGCGCAGUGGGCGGCGCAGCUGCUCGCGCCUGACCUGGCCAGGAUGAAUGUGCUGGUGCAGAUGGCGGGCGGGGCGAGCACGGCUGCGAGGAGGGCGUUUGCGGAUAACCUGAGGGAGGAGCUUUAUGACAAGGAGGCGGAGGCGAUUGCACCACAUAAGUGCAUCGACGAUGGGUUGUUGGGAUAUGUCUUCGACUUGGAGCCUUUGCGGCUUGCUGUGGCAGCGGAGGACGAGAAGCAUGGGAAGGGACGUGGGCCUGAUGCACUAGCGGCACCCUUUGACGCUUCAGCAGCACCGAUACAAGCCGCCUCUGCCUUACGCCCGGAUCUCGCGCCAUUACUGAGCGCAUCCCUGGAGAGGCUACCGUCAAGCAAACCUCGCAUAGCCCACUCGUCGCUGUCUCCUCAAGAGAUGCUCCGGCUCAUCCAGCGCGUCGGCAUCGACCUCUUCGACGCACACUGGGCCCAGCGUGCCGCAGAUGUGGGCAUCGCGCUCGACUUCACCUUCCCUGCGCCCGAGGGACGUCUUUCUCCGGAGGGUCCCGAACGGCCUACAGAUGGCGGCCGCGGACAGCGAGCGAUAGGCCACAACCUCUACGACGAGGCCUACGCGCAUGACUUCUCCGCCUUCUCCGACCUGCUGAGUUGCCCAUGUAUCGCCUGCGCUCCCCACGUCCCCACCACGCGCAUUGUGCACAGCGGGAUGGACGAGCCGGCGCCUAACGCGGGUGCCCGUCUUCCGUCGUAUACGCGCGCAUAUCUGCAUCACCUUUUGCACACGCACGAGAUGAGCGCGCAUUCCUUGCUUGUGGUGCAUAACCUCGCUGUCCUGGAUGCGUUCUUUGCUGGCGUGCGGCGGGUGCUGAGUGGUGAGGGGAGUAGUUCCUUGGACACCGACUCCUUUGCCCGCCAGGUCGACCGCUUCGAGGCCGAGUACGAUGGGGAUUUGACGAUCUUCGAGGAGGCGCGGGCGCGAUGGUUGGAGGUCGACCGAGCGAGGGGGAAGGGCAGGCUGGCGCGGGAGAAGGUGAAGCAGCAGGAGGCGACGCUGGGGACGGCGGUGGCGCUUACGCCGGAGGAGGCAUGUUCCACUAUGCCUGAGGUGGCAUGAUCCAUUAUGCCGGAGCAGGUUUGGUUGUCGAGGAUGGGGGGGCUUGGUGGCUAGCACGCUAGCCCAGAGGCAAGAGGGUAUUAUCGACGAUUCGGACGUACAAGUACUACACUAUUAUAUAAAGCAAGGAACAAAAGAUCCGAGCUACAGAACGGCGAAAUAUGCUGGAACGGGGCGACGAUGAAGGGAAUUGGAAACAGCCUCCACUGCAGCAGAAUUGCCGCAGGUGCAGCGCGAGACGCGCGGUUCGU